GGACAAUGGAGCAUUUGGGCCUUAGUUACGCCCAAAUAUCUGUUCUUUGAUUUUAUAUUGUCCUCUAAUCUGGGUUGCUCUUCUUCCUCUUCCAAAAUUGAUUUGGCUCAGUCACAAACAUUAAGAGCUUGGCGAUUGAUUGCUUCUGCUAGAAACUCAAAAGAAAAAUCAAGUUACUCAAUGUCAACCCCACAAUGUAAUCGGUUAUGCCUGCAUCAGAAACUGGCAAUCUUGUGGAUUUUCUUUUCUGGUGCCAUCGUCUCUUCAAGUGAGGUCAAAACAAGCCAGCCAUCAGAUUCCCAGAACUCAGAUGAUGGGAAAUAUAUAAUGAGAUCUUAUUUUGACAACCACGAGAACCUUCAUGAUUCAAGUUUUGAAAAUUUUAUGACACGUGAACUUUCUUCCAGUUUGUGUAUAGUGAAUCCCGAAAACCAGAAUCGUGGCGUGAGGCUAUCAGUGCGAGAGCUCUCUCUGAACGGAGAAGGUUCUCAUCGACAAUUAUCUUUGUCUAUCAGAUUGCAGACUGGGGAAGAGUCCAUUCCUGAAUUACCUCCUCAUAAAUGUGAAGUUAUAGUUAUACAAAGACUACCCCUUGGAGUAUUUGCUGACCCGUUUGAGCUUCAGAAUCUUCACAAGCGGAUGGGAUUAAAAAAUGUGGCUGUUUUUGGAGACACCAACUUAGAAUUGCCUUCAUUUCGGUCCAAUCGGUCCGCUGUUGAAAUCCACAUUGAUGCCGGAUCUGACAUCUUGUUUAUGCAGAGCAGUGGAAUGGAAAUCAACAUACUGCUUCCACUACAUGCACGAUAUCAGCCCCUUGAUGAAAGUGGCUAUUCUAUUAUCCAAAUCGGUGAACCUGAUAUGCUGAUGAGAUGCAACAUAGAAGGAAAGCAAGAUAAGCAGAGUUGUUUGUUCAUGUCACUCGAGGACAGUGCUAAAUCCAGAAUCAGUACCGUCGAAUGGAAAAUUCCUGCUGGAAUGAAGGCACAUACUGGAUUUGUAUCAGUUGUAACCUUUAUUACAGCUUCUUUAUCAACUGUCUCAAUUGUAUACACAUCUAUGUUUUGGUCGGGUACCAAAACAUGAAAUAACCUUAGCCAACAUCAAUUUAUCCAUUAUAAGCUUUGUUAUUAUGAGACAGAUUUCAUAUCUGUUUCUUAAAGAUUUUGACCUCAUUUCAUC